AUGGCUCGAUACGACAGGGCGAUCACGGUGUUCUCGCCGGACGGCCAUCUCUUCCAAGUUGAAUAUGCACUUGAAGCUGUACGGAAAGGCAACGCCGUUGUCGGCGUCCGUGGCACCGACACCAUCGUCCUCGCUGUCGAGAAGAAAUCCACCCCCAAGCUUCAAGACACCCGGUAUGGCUUGACCAUUGUUGUUUCGGACCUGUCUUUUGAGACUGAGUGA